UCGCAGGCAGCGGAGCCAGGGGCAGCGGCCGCCACUUCCAGCUGGGGCAGCUCCGAGGAGCGGGGCGGCCGCGGGGCUCCCUCCUCCUCCUCCUUCUCGCUAUCCUUUUCCUUCUCCGCCCUCCGCGCAGCCCCGCGCAGCCCCCCUCCCUCUCUCCCGCUCCCCCCCCCUCCGCAUCCAGAACCAGGAGCGAGCGGCAGCGCUGCGCGAAGGCGCCCGGCGCGGCCCCUGCGGACGGAGCGGGUCGCGGUGAUGUGAUCGGCGCACCCGGCGGAGAAGGGAAGUCCCAUCGCCUGCAAGGCAGCCGGGAGCUCCUCCGCCCUGCAAGACACGUGCCAUACCAUAACCUGAUGAGAUGUAACCUAUACUCUAACAAGCAACAGGGAACCAGUAUGCUGACAAUGCCUUCCAGCAGCCUGUCUUCAGACAGCCUUGUGAAAAGGACAAAAAAGAGAAAAAAAAGGCAGCUUUGCUCACCUAGCUCCUAUGGAAAGGUCUGCAAAACCAACACUACAUGCAUGCUCCCAAGACCUGCAGGACAAUGAACAGAUAGAGAGCACAGGACAACAUAUGAGCCUACAGCUGCCCAGAGCCUGUUUCCAGAGCAGAGACUGCCAUUCCCAGAACAAGGAUCUCUUGGACAUUUCAAAGGACUACACACAGGACCUACUUUCUUCACAAGGGACCUAAGAUACUGUGGUUUGACUUUUAAGUCAGCCCUUGUAUUACAGAUGUGGACUUCAGGUAGAAUGAGCAAUGUAAAGAACUUGCUUGGACUUGGCAUGUCCUUGUAUUUUUGGGGACUGAUGGACCUUACUACAACUGUACUGUCAGGAAGUGCCAGGCCCCUCACUAAAGGACAAGAAAACAACCUGUCGGACAAGCUACAUCAGCGUAUGAAGAGGAGCUGGGUGUGGAACCAGUUCUUUGUUCUGGAGGAAUACACAGGAACAGACCCUCUCUACGUCGGGAAGCUCCACUCUGACAUGGACAGAGGAGAUGGUUCGAUCAAAUACAUCCUCUCAGGAGAAGGAGCUGGUGUUGUGUUUACAAUUGAUGAUACGACAGGGGACAUUCAUGCCAUUCAGCGACUGGACCGGGAAGAAAGGUCACAGUACACCCUCAGAGCACAGGCUCUGGACAGACGAACGGGCCGGCCAAUGGAGCCUGAGUCAGAGUUCAUCAUUAAAAUCCAAGACAUCAAUGACAAUGAACCCAAGUUCCUGGACGGACCCUAUGUAGCCUCUGUUCCAGAAAUGUCACCUGUGGGCACCUCUGUUAUCCAGGUGACAGCAACAGAUGCUGAUGACCCAACCUAUGGGAACAGUGCAAGAGUAGUGUACAGUAUUCUCCAAGGACAACCAUAUUUCUCUGUGGACUCUCGGACAGGCUUAAUUAGAACAGCUCUAAUGAACAUGGACCGAGAAGCAAAAGAAUAUUAUGAAGUGAUUAUCCAGGCCAAGGAUAUGGGUGGACAGCUGGGAGGAUUAGCUGGAACAACCACAGUCAACAUUACCCUCUCUGAUGUCAAUGACAACCCACCCAGAUUUCCACAGAAACAUUAUCAGAUGAGCGUGCUGGAGUCCGCUCCCAUCAGCUCUACUGUGGGCCGUGUGGUUGCUAAAGACCUGGAUGAAGGCAUAAAUGCGGAGAUGAAGUAUAGCCUUGUGGAUGGAGAUGGACUGGAUGUCUUUGAUAUUAACACUGAUCCUAAUUACCAAGUUGGCAUCAUAACUGUGAGAAAGCCUUUAAGUUUUGAGAGCAAGAAAAGCUACACCUUGAAAGUAGAGGGUGCCAACCCCCACCUGGAAAUGCGGUUCUUGAACCUGGGUCCCUUCCGCGACACCACCACCGUCCACAUCACUGUGGAGGAUGUAGAUGAACCUCCUGUGUUUGAGCAAAGCGUCUACUUUGUGGAAGUGCCUGAGGAUGUGGAGAUUGGAACCACCAUACAAACCAUUUCUGCCAAGGACCCAGAUGUGACCAACAACUCCAUCAGAUACUCAAUUGACAGGAGCAGUGAUCCGGGGCGAUUCUUUUAUGUCGACAUUACAACAGGAGCACUGAUGACUGCAAGACCUCUUGACCGGGAAGACGUUUCUUGGCACAACAUCACUGUGCUGGCCAUGGAGCUGAAUAACCCCUCUCAGGUGGGCAGCGUCUCCGUAACGGUGAAAGUCCUGGACGUGAAUGACAACGCGCCAGAGUUUGCAAGGUUCUAUGAAGCUUUUGUUUGUGAAAAUGCCAAAGCGGGGCAGCUGAUCCAGACAGUGAGCGCCAUCGACAGGGAUGACCCACAGGAGGGUCAGCACUUCUACUAUAGCCUGGCUCCAGAGGCAGCCAACAACCCCAACUUUACUCUAAGGGACAAUCAAGAUAAUACAGCAUGGAUUUUGACUAGGCGCUCUGGUUUCAGACAACAUGAGCAGAACACUUUUUACCUCCCCAUCCUGAUCAGUGACAACGGCCGUCCCGUGCUGAGCAGCACAGGCACGCUUACCGUGCACGUGUGCAGCUGCGAUGACGACGGCAUGGUGAUGUCCUGCAACGCGGAGGCCUACGUCCUCCCCGUCAGCCUGAGCAGAGGGGCACUCAUUGCAAUCCUUGCCUGCAUCUUCGUCCUGCUUGUGCUGGUUCUGCUCAUCCUCUCCAUGAGGCGCCAGCGGAAGCAGCCAUACAUCAUCGAUGAGGAGGAGAACAUCCAUGAGAACAUCGUCAGGUACGACGACGAGGGCGGUGGGGAGGAGGACACAGAGGCCUUCGAUAUUGCUGCCAUGUGGAACCCGCGGGAGGCCCAGCUGGUGGUGAAAAACCGGCAGGACAUGCUCCCUGAAAUAGAGAGCCUCUCCCGAUACGUGCCUCAGGCGUGCGUCAUGGACAACAACGUCCACAACUAUGUGCUUGCCAAGCUGUAUGAAGCUGACAUGGACCUGUGGGCACCUCCCUUCGACUCCCUCCAGACGUACAUGUUUGAAGGGAAUGGCUCGGUGGCGGAGUCGCUCAGCUCCCUACAGUCGGUGACGACAGACUCAGACCAGAGCUACGACUACCUGACAGACUGGGGGCCACGCUUCAAAAAGCUGGCCGAGAUGUACGGUGCCACAGACAGCAGCGGGGCUCUGUGGUAACAGACGAGGAAUGGCAGAGGGGUUUCCAUGCAAAACAGUGUCCACUAAGGUCCAUUCUCAUCAGAUGCUUCCAUGGACAUGGUUGAGGCCUCCUAAAAAAUAGCAAUACGGUGCUUGGAUGAGAAUGGGAAGAAGGGUGCGAAUGAAGGUCUCUCUGGAUCAGCUUUACUCAGUUAAAUUAAGUCAUGCUAUUGAAACAGUGGGAAGCAGAAGGAAGAAAGAUUUUUCCUGUUUUUUACAGCAAAAUUGAAAAGCUCCACACCUGGAAUAUAAUGACAUUAUUCUCUUUCUCCCUUUCUCUCUCCCUUGUACACGGCAGCUUACUGAGCUCUGUACGUCUGGGUUCAAAGAUCUACAGACUCCAACUGUAAUCUCCAACUCACUAAGAAAUUGCCAGCACAGAAAAUCUGUUCCCCGCCAGUUACUUUUCCCCCAUUAAAAAAGAAAAAAAAAAUUUGCUUGCUAA